AUGGGUGGUGGUGGUGCUGCUGCUGCUGAUACGAGUAGUUCCAAUUUGGGACUUCAGGUGUUACAGAUAUUCACCAAAGGCUCACAAGUCGAAGUUACCAGCAACGAAGAAGGUUUCAGGGGUGCCUGGUACGUCGCCACCAUCCUUGACCCGCCUUCUAGAUCCAAUUCCAAGAAAAAGAACCAAAAUUUCACCAAAGUCUAUUUGGAGUACCACAGUCUUUUAGCAGACGAAGAUGGGUCAAAGCCUUUGAGAGAGCAUGUGAAUGUGUCCUUUAUUCGUCCGUUGCCUCCUCCAGAGACUGCUGCGACUAGAUCUUUCGAGCUCAACGACGUUGUUGACGCUUUUUACAGAGAUGGUUGGUGGACCGGUGUCAUCACUAUGGUGUUCCGGAACAGUAGGUUUUUGGUGACAUUUCAGAACCCACCGGACGAAAUCGAAUUUGGAGCGUCUGAUUUAAGGGUCCACCAGGAAUGGGUAAAUGGUAAAUGGUUUCGACCCCAGAAGCAGAGAACGACUGGAUUGAUGUUUAGCCCGGGGAAAAAGGUCGAAGUGUCUUUAAACCGAGAAGAUUAUCGUGAUGUGUGGUUCCCUGCAAUCGUCCUUGAAGACUUUGGGAAUGGCUCUUUCUUGGUGGAGUACCAGAGCUCAGGGAUGGUUAAUAGGGCUGCAUUUCUGAAAAUAACUGUUGAUUACCUUCAUAUCCGACCCUCCCCUCCUCUUCUUAAGGAUAAGAAUUUUGUUUUGUUGGAGAAAGUGGAUGCUUUCUUUGAUUUUGGCUGGUGGAAUGGAGUAAUUACCAGAGAACUUGCUGAUAGUAGGUACGUGGUCUUCUUUAAGCAUACAAACAAGGCAAAUGUACUCAGUGAAUCAGAGUUAAGACCUCACAUGGAAUGGAAGGCUGGAAAAUGGUUUAGUGCGUCCCAGGAAGUUUUAGUCCCACCAGAUUUUGAAGAGCAUAUAGUCCAUGGCUGCAAGAAGGCCAGUGACACUAAAAUGGCAUCUCCACUUGGCAGCUCAGGCGUUACAAAUGGAAACUCUGAAAAGAAAACACCUUCUUCCAUAAAUUCAAAAGAGAAUCAGACCGAGCAGUCAACUUCCAACAAUAAGAAACAUUUGAUUAUAAAGACCUCACUGAAAAAGACAACAGAUCAGACACCCUCACACUGUGAUGUGCCAAUGUUGUCAGCCCAUAAAGGAAUGAAAAGUGGUUUUGCCAGCCCAAUCUUUAGAAAUGCUGGAACUAAUGUCUCAAGUCAACCCGAGUCAGGUGAUCAACCUCCAUCUAAAAGUGAUAGCCGUUCUCUGGGAAAGAGAGUUGGGAGUGCAGGACCAAAAGUUGGUGAACCAGACAACCAUACAACGGGUCCUGCAAAAAAGAAGAGAAGACCUGCAGAAUCCCCAGUUAAUAGCUCGCCACAUUCUUCUGAAGGUAAGGAGGGCUAUGGAGUGGGAAAUGCUGCUAGAGACAUUGUUGAGAAGGGGUGUGCAACAGAAGCAAUGGAGCUUCCUGUCAUCAUAGGAUUAGAGUGUAAUGGGAUGAGGACAGCAAGAACUAAAAAAUCUCCUCAAUUCAUCAGUGAGGAAUCUGUGAAGCUAACGACAGAUCAGAAGCAGCAAUUAGAUGAUCCAGCUACACCCAUAAACAAGGUCAGAAUAUAA